UGUCAGUUAGUAUUGUUGCUCCGACAAGCGGCGUUCAUACUGUCACAUGGCGCGCGAAGUUCCGUUGGUGACCGUGAAACAGGGCCAGAUCUCUGGCACCGUCGAGGAGAAUGUCUACGGCGGAAAGUACCUCGCGUUUCGUGGGGUCCCGUACGCGAAACCGCCGGUCGGCCCACUUAGGUUCAAGGUACCCGAACCAGCGGAACCAUGGACCGGAGUGAAGAAGUGCACGCAAUUCGGCGGUUCCUGCGCGCAAAUGGACUUUCUCACCCGCCAAAUAAUCGGCGGCGACGACUGCCUUUAUCUGAACGUUUACACGCCGGCGAUCGAGGUGUCCUCGAAACGCGCAGUCAUGGUGUGGAUCCACGGGGGCGGAUUUGUUGCUGGAUCCGCCGACGGCAAGAUUUACGGGCCCGAUUAUAUCGUCCGGAAGGACGUUGUUCUGGUCACGAUUAAUUACAGGGUCGGCGUCUUGGGUUUCCUAAAUCUGGAGACGGAAGAAGCGCCGGGCAAUCAAGGCCUGAAGGACCAAGUAUUGGCGUUGAAAUGGGUGCAGGAGAACAUCUCGAAUUUCGGCGGGGAUCCAAACAACGUCACGAUAUUCGGGGAAAGUGCCGGUGCUGCGUCCGUGCACUACUUAUGCAUAUCGCCGAUGUCUCAAGGAUUAUUUCACAAAGCGAUCGCGCAGAGCGGGGUCGCGACGAAUCCCUGGGCCAUCUCGUCCAAGAACGUGAAGGACUAUGCGGUGAAGCUGGCCGCGGAGCUCGGCAAAGAUAUCACCGAUCCUGUGGAACUGGUCGAGUUUUUGAGGACCAUAGAACCCCAGAAGCUCGUCGAUGCCCAGCAGCAGUGUUUCAAAAAGCUGGGCUCGUAUGUCUUGAUCGGUUCAUUCGUGCCGACCGUCGACAGCAAAUCUUCGGAACCAUUUAUGCCGCAGCAUCCAUCAAUCCUGAUGAAAGCCGGAGUUAAAGUACCCUUGUUACUAGGCUACAACGAAAACGAAGGCACCUUCUUAGUGAGCAGUUUUCUAUAUCCAGAUCUGAAGAAGUCUAUGGAGAAACUCGACAUCAAUUUCGAAAGGGCCAUGCACCCGGAGAUGGAGGAGACCAUGAGAAUGGAAAACGUCAAUUCCCAGGAUUUGAGGCGUUUGUACUUCGGCGACAAGCGGAUCGACAUGAACACGCGGGACAACUAUGCGGCGUUUUUGGGCGACAUGAUGUUCAUCAAGGGAAUCCACGAUGUCGUCAGGCUCCAAGCUGAGAAGAACGCGCCCACCUACUUUUAUAAAUUCACCUUCGAACCGGAAUUGUCGCUGGCCAAACAGAUGUUCGGCAUCGAAUCUCGAGGAGCGACCCACUCGGAGGAAUUGAUUUAUCUGUUCUAUCCUCAAGCGUUGCUGACGUUUGGCCUAAAUGCGCCAAAAUUAGGGUCCAAGGAGCACAAUGUUGUGGAGUAUAUUACCCAGAUGUGGACCGACUUCGCGAAAAUGGGAAAUCCGACACCAAUGACCACGAACCUAAUCUCCGCGCUCUGGAAACCGGUCGAGAAGGGGGAUACGAUCAGAUAUAUGAACAUCGGCGAGAAGCUUCGCAUGGAGACGACGAAAGCGGGGGAACAAACGUUCGAUUGGAAGUAUAUGAAGAACAAAUUGUGAUGAUUAGAGCCUCUCUUUUAUCGAUUGCUGUUUGUACAUACGCGUAUAUCUAGUUCUUUUAUCUACUUCGGUCGAGCGGUUCAGCGAUUAAGGUAAGAGAGGAUUGUAGGACAGACCUGGAAAGUAAAGAAAGACUUGUACGGAAUGAUGUGUCAGAUAACACUGCAGCGAAUAGACGAAUAGAGUUAAUAAAGUCUUGUUCUUUUUCAUGAAA